CGCACAGUCGACACAGCGAGAGCGAUUUGAGUAUUCUGAAAAUAGUGGGGAGACCUGAGAUCAUCUUUUAACCUCAAUUCCUCAGGAUGUGGAGGUGGGCUUCCUCUCAGCUCCAAACCCUAGUGCCAUGGCGAUCUGUUCUGAAUUUCAACCGCUCCGUAAUCGCCGGAGAGCGAACCCUAAGAAAUCGAGCCCUCAGUUCUGCGCCUUCUCCUUCCCCGUUCAUGAAAACAGCCCCUCUUUUCUCUAAUCAGGCCAUAUCUGAUGCCGACCAUAUUAUUUCCAAGGAAAAGAAGAGAGUAGAAGAUGUAAUGCCUAUCGCUACCGGGCAUGAGCGGGAGGAGCUCGAGGCGGAGCUUGAGGGGCGGAAAAUUCUCGAAAUCGAUCACCCGGUUGGUCCUUUUGGCACCAAGGAAGCACCUUCUGUUAUCAAUUCAUACUAUGACAAGAGAAUUGUUGGAUGUCCUGGGGGUGAAGGCGAGGAUGAGCACGAUGUUGUUUGGUUUUGGCUGGAGAAAGGCAAGCCUCAUGAGUGCCCCGUUUGUUCUCAAUAUUUCGUGCUGGAAGUGGUAGGCCCAGGAGGACCACCAGAUGGACACGGAGAUGAUGAUGGCGAUCAUCAUCAUUGAUACAGUGUGGAACUUUCCUGCCAGAAUAACAUCUGGUGAGAUGCUGAGAUGGUUUCUGUCAUACAUUGUAGUUACAAACGGUUCUGUGGUUUGUUUAGGUGGAUCUUUAGGUCCCCUUGCACUAGACCGACCAUGUUAAUUUUGGUUUCAUGUCUUGAUAACCCAUUGGAGGUUUAGGUUUUUUAGCCCUCAUAUAUGAGAUGCAUCAUCAAAUAAUUGAUGGUUACAUUUUGCUUCAUUUAAACCUCUUCCCUGUCAAUAUAAGGGAACGUACAAAUUUUUUUU